CAGGAUGCUGAACUAGAUGGUCCUUGGCCCUGAUCCAGCCGGACUGUUCUUAUGUUCAGUUAUGAAGCCUGAAAGCCUAGCAUCUUGGGCUUCCAUUCCAACCCUGAAGAUAUGUCAAAUAGCCAGCUGGAUUUGAACACGAUUCUUGGGAUUUGGGGACAGGUUUCCCCUUCUGAAAGUCAAGAUAGUUUGAUGGAUGGUAGGGAGCCUAUGAAGAUUGGUUGUCUACCAGACUGCAUGAACUGAGUUUCCUUUCACUAACUCUUUUGUGAGUUGUGGCUCUUGCUCUGCUCUGCUGCUUUCUGUCAUGAUGUCAUCUUAUGGCCCCUACAUCACAAUCUCCAGGUUGCCAUAGGACUGUAAGCCAUUUUUUGGCAUCAUCGCUAUUCAGUUGUCCAUUUCUCAACUGGUAUCACAGCUGAGAGCAGUUUGGGAGUGUGUCUCUAGCAGUUUAUCUCUUUGAGAGUUUUAGUGUUUAUAAUUCAGAGUUUGUGUCUCAUCAUGGCAGGGGCAGAAGACGCAAGAACAAACAAGAGCAGGCCCACCAGCUCCAGCAGCCACUUGGGGGACCGGAAGCUGCUGCUGUCCGCCCUGCUGCAGCAGCCUGGGGCUGGUUCUGAGAAAACCACCCUUUUCUUGGGUGAUCCCGCACCUGUGGCGGGAUCACCCAAGAAAAGGGUGAAGUAUCCAAAAAUAUCUACCAGCCAGCCCCAGGCAGCAAGCUGCAGCGAGGGGAAGCCGCCACAGGAGGGCAGACCACCAGCCCUCCUGGGGAAGAUCCCCCAAGCCGGUCUUCGUCUGGGCAAUGCCCGGGCCGGGAGUGUGCCUUCUGGGGUGAAACCCCUUCCCCACCUGGGGGAGGGGAGACACCCCAGAAGGUUGCUGGAGACCACGGUGGACCCUGAAAAAGGAUUGAUAUCUAUCCCCAGGAGCAAGGGGGCUGUGGACCUUGGGGGGGCCGGGCAGGGCUUCUUCUCCCUGGGGGAGAGCCAUUUCUCUGGCCGGCCCAGUGAGAUGGCUCUUCCCCAGAUCGCGUCAUCUGAGAAGAAGACCCUGACCCCAAUGGGGAGACCUCCGCCAAAGCCACUGCCAUCAAAAUGGCAGGAUCCAUCGGCUCGGCGGAGAGUCGAACCAUUGCCAGCGCUGACAAUCAAAGCGCUGGGGCCCCCCAAGAUAGGGCCACCCCCUUGCUACUGGGGACGUCCACCGAUGGUCUCCAGCUCCGUGGCCACACCAACGCCACCACACUCCCGGCCAAAUCCACGCCCUUGGGAAAAUCUAUCUAACCUUUCCCAAGGGCCGUGGAUUCAGGGGCAGCCCUUACGGAGACCGGCUGAUCUUCCGGCGGCAACCCCUCGGAGGUGAGACAGCAGCAGUGGAAGGGACCCCCCCCCAAAUACCAUCACCUGGCUGCUGGAGCACCCCUGCUACCUCUUGCUGAUUCAUUUCCUAUUAUCUUGGCAUUCAAAUAGAAAGAGGAGAGGAAGUUACCUUCUCAACUGGAAACAGAAGAUAAAGGAUCUACUAGAAUGUCAGAUGCCACUGAGGCCAGUACACAAAUGGAAACAAACUUCCUGAAGCAAGAUCAACAUAGUUGCCAGACAACAGUCUAUACAGAAGAUCAAUUGGGAAACUUCUGUACAUAGCAACAGUCACAAAGGCAGACAUAGCUGCGGCAGUCGGAAUUCUGAGCAGAAGAGUAAGUGCACCAAUCAAGAACGACUGGACUGCAGUCAAAAGACUGGGAAGAUACCUGAAGGGUACAGAGCACUUCAAACUUAUUAUACCAGCAAGCAGUAACCCCAGACAAGUGGGAUACAUAGACACAGAUUGGGCCAAGGACAGAACUGAUUGCAAGUCCACAAGCAGACACCUGUUUUACUAUGGAGGCGGAGCCAUCAGUUUGACUAGCCCAAAGUAGUCCAUUGUGCUUUCAUCCAGAGAAGCAGAAUACAUAUCAGCUGGCCAAAGAAGCCACAUGGCUACACAAGCUACUGUUAGACUUUGGAUCUGAUGAGCCAAAAAUGUCUGAGGACAACUGAGAUGUCUGAGGACAACCAAACGUGUAUCCAACUUUCUCUGAGGGAAAGGACCAUGUCUCAAACAAAGCACAUAGAAGCAAAUAACCACUAUGUUUGAGGGCACAAGAAGAAUGAGCUAAUUAAGCUGAAGUAUUACCCCACUCAAGACCCCACUCAAGACAGCAGAUGGGCUGACCAAGCAGCUACCAUGAGAAAGGUUCCAGAAUCUUCGAAAGAAGUUGGGAGUUGUAGAUCAGUGCAUGAGAUGAUGAGAAGGGGUGUUGGAGAUGCAGCUUCUGAUGCCAUUAACUCUUAGGACCAGCAACCCUAUUAACAUCUAGGGGCACUGAGGUAGAGAUAAUGAGCAAAGGAACCCCUUCUCUGACUAUGCUUUCUCUACCCUACUUGCCUUUUGUUGGACUGAUAGUCUCAGGUUUCAUUCUAUCACCUGGAAAGAGAGAGAGACUUCUGUGUUCUCCCUUCCCCUCUUCCAUUAUGUAGUAACCAGUCAGGCUUAUCUAUUUAUCUGAUGUAUUUUCUAAAUAAACUACUUGACUUAGAA